AUGCCGUGCAGAUUCCCCCCCGAUACACCUCUCUCCGAAUUGAUUACCUCCGCCAAAGCCCACCUAGCAAAAGGUUCCCCACGAGAUGCCCUAGUCUUCUUCGAUGAGGCCGUCCUCCGUGACCCAGCAAAUUACAUUACCAUCUUUCAACGCGGCGCCGCCUACUUAUCCCUCGGCAGAAAUGCAUUGGCCUCAGAGGACUUCAAUCGCGUACUAGAACUCAAGCCUGAUUUCGAGGGCGCUUUACUACAACGUUCUCGUCUCAAGGCGCGCUCCGCUCAUUGGAAAGAUGCCCUCGACGAUCUCGCGCGUGCGGGGAAACAGACUUCGAAUGAUUAUAAGGAAAUUGAAGAAGCCAGAGAUGCGGCGACUUUGGCCUUUGCUGCGGAGAAGAAGGGUGAUUGGGAAUCUUGUGUCUCCCAGGCUGGUGUUGCAAUCUUAAAGGCGAAUACCGAUCUUCAUCUGAGACAGACUCGCGCGCAUUGUCGAUUUGAGAGAGGAGAGAUCGAGGAAGGUGUUAGUGAUCUUGCGCAUGUUCUUCAGAUCUCGCCUGCACUGGUUGAACCGCAUUUGCAAAUGUCUUCCAUGCUUUUCUAUGCCCUCGCCGAUAGUGACCGUGGUUUGGCGCAGAUUCGUAGGUGUCUUCAUACGGAUCCGGAUUCGAAACUGUGUAAUCGUCUUUAUAAACGAGAGAGACAGUUGUCGAAGUCGAUUGCGAAGUUGCAUAGUGCUCUUGAGGCGCAUAAGUGGAGUAACGCUGUGAAACUUAUGGUUAGCAGUGCCGAGGACACUGGUCUUAUUGAAGAUGUUAAAGCGGAUGUUGCGGAGGCGAGGGAGGCUGGGUAUAUUCACCCAGCGGCGUCGAAUAAUCUUUAUGUUUUCCUGGUUGAGAAGACCUGUGAGGCUUAUCGAGAGUUAAAGAUGGGUAAAAAGGCUGGUCCAUACUGUGCUGAGUCCCUUCAGCUAGUCCCAUUCUCUCUCCAUGGUCUUUUGUACCAGGCGCAAUCUGAGCUGGAUGAGGAUCGAUUCGAGGAGGCUAUCAGAACACUCAAUACUGCUAAGGAACAUCACCCACACUCCCAGGAGACUCAAUCUAUUUUGCAGAAGGCACAUGCCCUUCUCAAGCGCUCUAAGCAAAAGGACUACUACAAGGUUCUUGGUGUCAGUCGCGACGCAGAUGAUCGAACGAUCAAGCGGGCCUACCGUCAAUUGACCAAGAUCCAUCAUCCGGAUAAGUCUGCCUCGCAGGGAGUAUCUAAGGAAGAAGCAGAGAAGAAGAUGGCUUCCAUCAAUGAGGCCUAUGAGGUUCUUUCUGAUUCUGAACUUCGAACUCGUUAUGAUAACGGCGACGAUCCUAAUGACCCUGAGUCCAACCGGGGAAAUCCAUUCCAACAAGGCGGAGGAUUCGGCCAUGGAGGUCAGCAGUUCUUCUUCCAGCAGGGUGGUGGUGGAGCUCAAUUCAAGUUCUCUGGUGGUGGUUUCCCUGGCGGCUUUCCUUUCCGGUGA